UUUCGCUUCGUCGAUUGGGCAGUCCGUUGGAGCCGUUGCGGCUGGUCGAUGUUCGUCCGCGAGGCCUAGGCGUACACUAAGACGGGAACUGCCCAAUCCGCCAAACACAGCCUGUAAAGGUCACUGGGAGAGAGAAAUGAAGACGGCUGGCACUAGCAAGUCGAAACGAACGGAAACGCCUUGCCACCUUGGAAAGAGCGCCUAAGUAAGAUACAUCUCGCUCUUUCCGCUGUUGGGCGUCAUGACAGCUCCUUGUCCCUAGAUACCCGCACCUUCCGCUCAUUGAGUCAUGGAAGACAACUUUAUGACUGCAGAUUGCCAUCCGACAUCGUGUAUGGAGUAUGUUCCGGGUAAUAAAAGCGAACUGCUCUGUAAAUGUAUGCAUAGAAGAAAGACUUCGGUAUCCGGGUGCCGCCUUCCGUCGCACAAUCUAGGGUCCUUGAAUAGGGCAAGGUAUCCACCACGACCCGGUGCAAGCCAAGAAGGGUACAGCGCUGCCCAAUGCGUACUUGCAUCGCGCCCGAGAGCGUCCAUACAGCCCAUAUUAUCCGCAAAGAGCAGGCCAUUUUCCUGGCCACCAUUAUUCCGACUGUCGACCCUUACAUUCAACGCUUUCCGGUAUGUACCGGGGCUUGUAUUCAGCUACCUAUCUUGGGGCAUCGUUUUGCGAACCCAGGUGGUCGAUGAAACAUCAGGACCACGAGAAUGGAUGCCCCUGCUCGCACUGAUUGAUCGUUCGAGGCUUCCGGGCCCGCCAAGGUUUCCGUCGACAAAGAAUAACGUUGGCACAUGGAGCAUAAAGGAUAGUUCGAGGGGAGAGCAAAGACAAUAGGAAGCUUCAGAGCGAUAAUGCGACUGACCCCUGGCUUGCCUUUCUGACGGGUUGGGAUGUUCUGCAACCGGCACCUCAGGCCGCGAGGCCGUCCUUUUUGGAAGAAGCUCUGCCUAGAUUCGUCGUGUCUAAUUCC